GAAAUGGAUUUUAUUUUAGUGCUUAGCGAAAAAACGCCAUCAGCGGAACCCACUGCUGAGUCCGUCUCGUGUAUUUUUUAGAUAUUAGUAGAAAUUUCUUUACUGUUUGCCGACGAUUCUCCUGUGCUAUUUUGAUAAAUAUUUGCUGGAGCAAAUGCAAAACAAAGUGUACAGUGCGUGAAAUGUGAUGCUCUAGAGAGGAAAAAGUGUUUCGUGAAAAGUGCGCCGCGAUCGUGAUUUUACGGGAAGAAAGUGGAACAAGAACCUGCAGGUCGCAAACGACAGUGAAUAAUCUGUGAAACCAAAUUACUGUUGUGAACGCCGGUUAUAGUGAAUAGUUUACAGAACCACACUGAAAACAAAACAACGCCGAACUCCAACAGUGAUUAGUGAUAGUGCAACUAGAUAUCCCACCCAACCGAAAGCAAAAGUGAUUCCGGAACGAAGUACUGUGUUUACCGGGAGCAGGAUGAUUCACGGACAUCCCCCGCAACCACAGCCGCCGCCGCAGCAGCAGCAGCAGGUGCAUCCCCACAUUGGACAUCCGCUGCCACCUCCCGGUCCCGCGACGCAUCAGAUUCCUCCGCCGCCACCACAUCUGACCCAUCUGACAAGUGUUCCACCGCCGAAUGUUCCUUCGCAACAGCAACAGCAGCAGCAGCAGCACCAACCGCCACCACCGCCGCAGGGCCGUGACCAUGGUGGACCACGAACCAUAGCAAUACGGCACCAGUAGGUGGUAACACAGCAGCGAAUGCAAUAGUAGUCCAUCAGGCGGACCCAGUCCUGCAGCUAUCGGGAGGAAUCUCCUCCUCAACCGCCACUACGACAGUCGGAAGCACCAGCAAUACAACCAACACACCAUCGGCCAGCAGUCUUCCGGUGGUAACGGGUGGUAGCGGAGGCGGAGGAGGAGGUGGCCCAACUGGCAAUACUUCCGAUAGCAGCAGCAACCUGAAAGAUUCAUCAACAGUACAGACGCAGUCGCUACUGCUGUCGUCUGUACCGGAAACCUUGGCAAACACUAAAGAGAAAACCCCAAUGUGUUUAGUUAAUGAGCUGGCACGGUACAACAAAAUACAGCACCAGUACCGAUUGACCGGCGAAUCGGGCCCGGCCCACAAGAAACGCUUCACCGUCACGCUCAAACUGGGCGAUGAGGAAUACACGGCCGAAGGCCCAAGCAUCAAGAAGGCCCAGCACAGUGCCGCGCACGAGGCCAUCGGAGCGACCAAGUACAAGCAUCCGCCGGCCAAAACCAAUCGAGCCAAGGCGGGUGGGAAGACCAACAUCGGAAACAUAACUCCCACGGUCGAACUGAACGCCUUGGCCAUGAAGCGUGGAGAACCGACUGUUUACGAAACUGAACAGGUCGUCGCGGCACCGAAGUAUCAAAGCCAUCCUCCCGGGGCUCCAAACGGUCCUCCACAGGGUGGCGGUGGACACAACUUCUUCUCGGCUCCACCUCCACAUUACGGCGGUGGAUACAACCGUAGUAAUAGUAUGUACAAUGCCCCUCCCCCAAGAUACGGUGCUCCACCUCCCAGUUCCUUCAACCGACGGAACACCAUGGGCGGAAAGCCGGACUUCCACAACCGGGGAUACUACUACAAUCAGCAUGUACCGCCCAUGGCGCCACCCAUCCCGGAAGUGUACAAAGUGACCCUCCACGUGGGAGAGAGGACAUUUUUAGGGGAAGGACACACGCUGCAGGCGGCUCGGCAUGAUGCGGCAGCCCGUGCCCUGGAGGUACUGAAACCGCUGACGCCGGAUUCGGCCAAUGGCAACGCCAACGCCGUAUCGGACAGUCACAACACAUCGAUCGACAGCGAUGAUCCCAACUCCGAGCUAAAAUCUCCGAUCUCUCUCGUGCACGAGAUGGCCCUGAAGCGGAAGCUAUCGGUUCAGUUCGAAGUUCACGGCGAGAAGGGUCCUCCUCAUAUGAAGGUUUUUACAACGUUGUGCAAAGUGGGUAGUAUCGUCACGGAAGGCGAAGGCAAUGGGAAGAAGCUUUCCAAAAAGCGAGCGGCUGAGAAGAUGUUGGAUGAGCUGAAAAAGCUACCCCCGGCUUCGCCGGAGAAGAACACUAGGCUUUUGCUCAAACAGAAGCGUAAGGUGCCGCUGCCGAAGAAGAAGACCCGCAACCUGAUCAAGGAGAAGGAUGAGGGUGAAGAUCCUUCUGGUGCCGUCAAUCCGAUCAGCCGGCUGAUGCAGAUCCAGCAGGCCCGGAAGGAGAAGGAACCGGUGUACACCCUGCUGGAGGAACGAGGCGUUGCCCGGCGGCGUGAGUUCAUCAUGGAGGUGUCGGCCAGUGGCAAAUCGGCCACCGGCAUUGGCCCCACCAAGAAGCUUGCGAAAAAGGAAGCAGCCGAAAAUCUGCUGGUGAUGCUUGGGUACGGUCGGUCGGUUCCUGGCUGUGGCGCGGGAGGGUCGCCAAACAAGGAGAACAUGUCGGGCAGUGCCAACGAGGUGACGGAGAAACCACCGGCACGAAAGAUCGUGUUUAACGAGGCUGGGCCUGGUGCUGCGGGAGGAAAGGUCCAUCAACAGGGUGGUGCUGGACGGCAGAUUGUGCCCGGAGUCUUGCAGUUGAACUCAGGUAUUGCCAACAACAAAUCUGUCUCCGGAACGCAACAUAAGGACGCCGCCCUUCAGGAAAGCAACGCAUCGAUCGAUUCCGGUAACACUCCGGUGGGUGUCAGCAAGCCCUCAACGGCCAGUAUCAGUUCGUCUGGUACUUCAAGCGUUACACCUAGUACUGCGCAGGCGGCACCGGCCCCUGCCCCAACUAGUACUCCGACAACCAGCUCCAACGCCGAUGUGGGACCCAUGAAGAAACAGCUCAUGUAUCUGGCUCAGCUGUUGAAGUUUGAAGUUAUGUUCUCCGACUUCCCCAAGGGAAACCACGGUGAGUACCUCACUUUGGUAACGCUAUCAACGGAACCGCCCCAACUAUGCCACGGCAGUGGUGCCAGCCUGGAGGAGUCGCACGACGAGGCGGCACGUGGUGCGCUGGAGAUUCUUAGCAAGAUCGGCUUGGACAAUGUGAAGCCCAAGGGUAGCAGUGCUGCCGGUGGCAGCAGUGCGGAUGAAAGCGAGAAACCCGGUGAUAUCAGUGCAAAGCUGGACUACAGAAUCAGCCGCCGCAUCAUAUCGGAUGUACUCGGAAUUUCUAGAGAGGAGCUCUCCAAAAUGAGAAUUGAUAACCGUAAGCUACACGAGGGAUACGGUAAGACUAAAGGACUUGAACAGGAGAACGCUGGUUGUUUCGCCGUUGCCGAAACGGUAGAAUGCGGAAAAACCCUCAUCUCUAUCGUGCCUCAACGUUGGGUCAACGGAAGCGUCUUGAUGUGGCCAGACAAAAAUGCCGCAACGCUCAUCAAAGACCGGUCGUCAGCCCCGUCCUCAAAAUGGUACAAAAUUCCCUGCACACUGAAACGAAAGUCCUUCAAGACGUUCGUAGAAGCGGAAGCUGAGGCGGCGGAAAUGUCUGGUCACACUGAUUCGGACUCCACGCAACCACUCCCUGUAAAAAAAUUCCGAACCAAAGGAGCUGCGAAACAAAUCUUGGAAGCCAACUUCAAUGAAAUGACGGCCAACCCAGUGUGUUGAUUGAUAAAGCCAGCC